AUGUCUGAAACAUAUAUUGAAAAAUUUAAUAUCAAUGAAGAAUUAUUAAACACAAUGAUGGAAGAACAAACAAAAACAUGGAAUUUUUUACAAAUGUCAAGCACUGAAGAAAAGCUUAAAUCAUACGCAGAUAACUUUAGUAUGGUCAAUAAAAUACAGACAGCACCAGAACUUCUGUAUGUUAUUGAUGCAUUAGAGAAGGAAACAUUGUCUGAGCUGGAUGAUUUGUUUUUUUUCAAAGAAGGAUACCUACCACUGGCUGAGAACCCAAAUAACCUGGGUGGUGGUAGAAUUAUAUUUGAGGUGAGCAAGUCUACAGAUCUUAGUGAAUUUUUCUUCAAAUCACUUUGUUUAUGUUUUUCAGAAGUAUUUGAUGGAUUAACAGGAGUAGCUUAUAAUGACAAAGGCAAAGAUCACAGAGUAGUAUUGUGGUUUAAUGACAUUGAAGAUUAUGACAUGAUAUUGAGUGGGUGGAAGGAAUUAAACAACUGUCCAUUUGGUAAUUUUAACUUAAGAAUACACAGAAAGUACAGUCAAUUCUUCACAAAGGGGUACAACGUUAAAAAGUCAUUUCAGAACAAAAGACAUCACUAUUAA